UUCCGGAGCAGAGCAGCGACUCAGGACGCGGAGAUCAGCGGAAGGCGGAAUAACCGGUUGUCAUUACACAACGCGGUUCGCCCGUCGCUGCUCGGCGGGCUUCCCGGAGCGCUGGCGACGGGGGGAAGGCGGCCCCAGGCCCCGCUCUCCUGGUCAUCCUCUCCCGCCUCGCCGGUGAUGUUUCCCGGCUCCUCCCUCCGCGUCCGGCCGCCCGCGAUGUCCGAACACGGGCAGCAGCAAUCCGGCGGCCCAUGGCCCGGCCGAGGCAGCUGCUGAGCGACUCCCAGGGUCAGGAAGAUGGAUCUGAAGACCAGCCCCAAAGACAAGUUCUUUAUCGUCCAGAUCAUCUUCUUCGUCCUCGGCUUGGGAACUUUGCUUCCGUGGAAUUUCUUCAUAAACUCUAUUCCCUACUUUGAGGACCGGCUGUCCGGGAACAUCUCUGCUUCCAGGAACGGGACGGAACCGAUUGCCGACCACUGGCGCUUCGCGAACUGGAUGACCCUGCUCGCUAUGCUCCCUCUGCUACUCUUCACCUGCCUGAACUCCAUCCUGUACCCCAGGGUCCCGCAGAAUGCCCGGAUUGCCGGCAGCUUGUUUGGGAUUUUGAUCCUCUUCAUGCUGACCACGGUGCUGGUCAAGAUAACGAUGGAACCCCUCGCCUUCUUCAUGACUACCAUGGCCACAAUAUGGUUCAUUAACUCCUUCGGCGCAGUCUUACAGGGGAGCUUGUUUGGACUGAUCGGACUCUUGCCCGCAAAGUACAGCAGCGUCUUCAUGAGCGGCCAGGGCGUAGCCGGGAUAUUUGCCGCGCUGGCGGCUAUAUUGGCCAAAAUAAGCGGUGUGAGUAAGGAAGCCACAGCCCUCGGCUACUUCAUCACUCCCUGUCUGGUGAUCUUCCUGACCAUCAUACUUUACUUCAUCUUGCCUCGACUGGAAUUUGCAAAGUACCACUUCGCCAAAAGUCAGCAGAUGCCCCCUACAAAAGAAAGCAACACAGAGCUGCUGUCCAGUGACGAGAACAAAAGCAAAGAGAAGAUAAAAGGCGAGGCAUCGCUGAUCAGUCUCGAAGACGGCCAGGACAAAGUGGAAAAGACCUCCAGCCUAUUGAAAGUGUUCAGCAAGAUCUGGAUGACUGCGAUCUCCACCUGCCUCGUCUUCACGGUCACCCUGUCGGUGUUCCCCGCCAUUACAGCGAAGGUCAGCUCACAGAUGGAGGAGGGCCAGUGGAAAGAGUACUUCACUCCAGUAGCUUGCUUUCUCCUGUUUAACAUCAUGGACUGGUUGGGACGCAGCAUUACCGCUGUCUAUAUGUGGCCCCGCAGACGAGUCCCUCUGUUGGUGAUGGUCCUGCUACGUGUGGCUUUCAUCCCCCUCUUCGUGUUCUGCAACGUGAAGGAACGGUUACACGGGUUUACCGUCUUCCAGCAUGACGGCUGGUACAUCCUCUUCAUGAUCCUCUUCGCCUUCUCCAACGGGUACCUGGUCACGCUGUGCAUGUGCUACGCGCCCAAGCAAGUCUCCACCAGGGACGCAGAGACGGCUGGGGCAAUCAUGGCCUUUUUCCUCUCCCUGGGACUCGCUCUGGGAGCCGCCCUCUCCUUUGCCAUCAGGAUGAUGAUUUAAACGGAUGCGGUGACCCUGUGGGGGUGGGGACAGGUGUCUCACCCACCCCCCUCAGACCAGCAGCCAGAGUGUUAAGGUUUUUACAGGAUUCUGUCCCCCCCCCCACCCCUCUCCAAUCUCACCCGCGCCCUGACUCCCGUGCAAGCAUCCGUUCUUGACGAGCCCCCACCCUCUUGCCACCGAGUCGCGCACAGGGACUGACCCCCCCCCAACAGCCCUAACAGAGGCGCGCUCUUCCUCGCGGCCCGUUUGAGAGAUGCCGCCCGUCCCGGGUGGGUGGGGAGGGGGAAGAGUUCUCAACGCCCCACCUGGCCCGCUGUUGGCCUGCAGUGCGAGGACUUAUGCAAAUUACAACCCGCGGCUGCAGUUCGGAGAUCGCAGACCGCUUCUCUCCGCCCGCCGUCUCGUCUCUAGCAGUCCGGUUACGUGUCUCGGGUCAAACUGACCCCCUUGGAGGAGUCUCCCCCCCCCGGGAGGAAAGGGGGUGACGCGGGACACUCACGAGACUGCAGGUGCUGGAAUCUCGGAGCGCGAAUCGAGCUUGGCGGAUCGGGCGGCAUCCAUGGGGAUUGGUGGGGGUGGGGGGGGGGGUGGCCGACUGUUCACUUGACCUCCCUCCGGCCUGUCCGGCGGCUCAGUAUUUUCUCGGGAGGGGAGUCGGACAGUUAGCCACGGGAAGCGCGAGUCCGAUCCCAGCCUCUCACACUGCUCAUCGGGGUAAGGAGAGACUGUCGGCUCCAGCUUGAUGCAAACGUCCUCUCUGUUGCUCCUGCCGGCAGGGUUAGACAUGAAGGGAACCACACGAAGUUCAGUCCCUUCUGGCUACAUUGCUCAGAGGAUCAGAAUACUGUACUUGUCUUUUUUUUUAAUAUAUAUAUAUUCUAAAUUAAUAAAAAAGAAUUAUUGGAUUGUG